AGCAGAUACGCACAGAGAGAGCCUUUGACCCCCCAAGAGAAGUGAACCGCGCAGGGUUUGAAGCAGUAAUCAGAUAUUUGCCGCUACUUUGCUUUGUUAUACCAACUUGUUCUUGUUAAGAAGGACACAACCAUGACUUCUACGUGGCGAGUCGAUUCUUAUCACCUCGGCCUCGGCGUGGUCGGCGACUCGGCCAUCCAGCUGCUCGUCAACCAGCCCAGUACCGGGGGGCCGGGAAGCGUCCAAUUCGCAUUGCUGGUCGACGGCGGUGACAGCGGUGGGGAGAAACGCAUCCUUGACACGAUCCAGAAGAUUCAGGCACUCACAACCAAGUACGAUCUGUCGCCUCUCAGCAGCGUGGCCAACCCGGCCCUGAAGUUCAACGCCGUCGUCAUCAGCCACUGGGACGCGGACCAUUGGUGCGGCGUGCUGUUCGCCAUGAGGGAGGAUAUUGAGGCGCAGAACAUAAAAACCACCGGCCCCAUCACCGACUUUGAGGUGAGCUUCCUCCAAUACGAAGCCGCAACACCGCCAGCAAAGCGCACACCCAAGACCAUCGUCUACUGUCCGGCUUACGGGAUACCCACAAUGGGCUGCCACCUCAGGCCCAGCCCCAGGACUGCCGAAGUUGCAAAUGUCGAUUUGAUCCUCUUCAAAGCCGACCCUGACUCGAGCAUUGUCAAGAAUGCGGUCAGGAUGCGGAUGGAACCCAACUUGCCGCCAACAGGCACGAAUCCAUCGCUCAUCGGAACCAACAUUUUGACUGGAACCGACUUGACGGUGGCCUCGGGAUCAACAACGGUAUCAACAUACGAGGGCAUCACAAAUCCCGCAGCCCUCCUACAGAACAAUCCCCCGGGGCCGGGCGGCCAGCCGGGCAUCUACAUAGUGGGAGUCUCGCAGAGGACAAUCGGCCCUCCCCCUGUCGACGAGGCUCCUCCCCCGGAUAUUCCCAGCGUAGUUAACGACCCGCACGGAAGACCCAAGAACUUGAGCUCGAUCGCCUGCAUGAUAAUAUGGCCCGGAACUCCACCCCGCCUGUCGCACUACUUCGCGGGUGAUAUGCACUGGUACCAAGAGGGGCUGAUCGUGAAGUGGACCGGCACCGACGGGACUCGCUCCAGUGUGGGAAGCUGGGUGACCACGAUGAAGACCAGCCACCACGGCUCAAAGAGCUCAACCCCCACGGCCAUGCUCGCCAUGUUCAAUCCGCGCAGCUUGAUAGCGAGCGUUGGAGAGAAGAACGGCCAUCCGAGCUGGGAGCUGGUAUUCUACCUCGAGGGUUGGAUGUACAGCGAGGGCCCCGACAAGGCAGCCUACAGACCGCUGCUAUCGACUCAGUUCCCGUACUAUCUCAUCCAGCAAAAAGAUGCGAGCGGCAAAACGGAAUGGCUGCCGCUGCCCGGGAGCCGUUCACACCAGAUGAGCAUGGAUAUCUUGACGAGUAACUCGUCUGUGGCAACCGAGUAUAGAAAGGAACUGGAAGCCAUCUAUGCAAAGGCGAGCGCGGCCAUAGCCUCUACCAGUGGCGUUAACCUAGCCAACCCGGUAGAGGUCUGGGAUGCAGCCAAAAAAGCCCAGGAUGACCUGAAUGCCAGGGAGUGGGCUCGGGAUCGCAUCGCCCUCGCCUGGAGCCGCUUGUCACCUGUUCCUGCCACGGCCCAUGCCGCGGUUGGCCAGGCCAGGCUCGACACGAAUUACACACUCGUGCACGACUCGGACGCCCUCGCAUGGUACCGUGUCGAGUGUCACAACGACGACGACUUGGACGGCUCCGUGUGGGUCAAGUACGAUUCCGCCGCGACUGAGAACCAGCUGUGGCCAGAUCCCAACGCCGUUGCUCCCACUCCAAUGGACAUAUCGAUUCCCUCGGACCCGGAGGUGCUGGGAAACAAGCGGAAAUUUGUCGACACGUAUCCCUCCCCGGCGAGCACCGAAGAUCCAGACACGAAAAAGCACAAGUCUGCAACGAGUCCCAGUUCGGUUUCCCAGCCUUCCACCGGCCUGUACAACCCGUCGCCCGGCACGAAUCCCGACGAGAAUGACGACAUGAUGUCGGACGAUGGAUCAAGCAGCGGCAUGGACUCCCAACUUCCGACUCUGGGUGUGUCGCCACCACCCCCUGGCGACGCACCCAGCCUGCAGGCACCGUAUUAUUUUAUCUGCUCGAGCGUUGUGCAGUUUGAUGCCCCUCCUCCGAGCACGCUGGUCAACCAGCUCGUGUUGACCGACCCCUUGAACAACUUCGUCUCAACCCUACACCUACAAGGGCUUAUUCUUGCAACCUCCCCAAGUCCCCCCGCAGCGACGCCACUGCAUUCUCAGGAUGAGUUCCAGGCGUGGCUGGCCAUGGCUCUAGGCGUUGGCAGCUCGCAAACUCCGUCGGUGACCGUGACCACCGAUUCCACGUCGGGCGCCAUCACCGACUUCGCAGUGACCAUCCCGGCCCUCGGUUUGACCUUCUCCUCGAGUGCGACAGUCAGUGCCCUCGACGCCCAAUCGGACUGGGGCCUGGGACCCGCAAGCACCGUGCCGUGGCAGAACUCGCUCAUCCUCGGCCUGCAAGAUGCCUCCAAGGUCAGCGGCUAUAGCCUGAUCGACAUCUUAGCCCCCGCCAGUGUCCGACAAGCUGCCCUGCCGGGCCUCCAGAUAUUGCAGCUGGCUCUUGGCGAUAAGCUUCAGUUCGACCUAGACGUGGGCCAGCAAGGUAGCCGGAAUGCUCUCUGGUUUGAGCCUAUGCAGGGCUACAAGACAGUUGUGCGCACCCAGUAUGUGGCCGACUCGACCUCACUCGGCAAUGCAAACUCGUGGAUAGGAGGCUUCCUCAACGGAUUCACCAUCCAGUCUAUCACGGCCAUCACCAAGUUGCAGAGCGUCUGGGCGACGACAAAUGAAAGCACCGCCGCCCUGAAUACGUGGGAGUUUAUCCUCACCACGACGGUUCAACUAGCCGGGGUCGAUAUCGUACCGUCUGUGACACUUGACUUUGCGGGUGCUCUCCUGACCAUCACCCUGCAGUUCGACUACGUCGCCAGCGAGCAGGGGAGCCUGCUGGGCCAGAUAAUGGCCUGGAUCGGGAGCCAGAAACCCCUGGCCGGUGCCCAGUUUCUCUUCAGCGAGUGGUUCCAGAGCGCGGGCACUUCCAACUUUGACCUGCCGCUCCUCCGCCGCAUUGUGUUGGCCGUCGGCUUGGACCCCACCACCGGCAUUCCGACCGGCUCGAUCGAGGACGUGAGAAUCGACCUGGAGCUCGGGGUCAAGUUUGGUCAGUCGGACGACGGCAACCCGCAGAAGGUCAUUUUCCUGUUCAGCUACAGAUGGACGCAGGCACUAGGGAGCGUGCUGCGAGGAUCCCUGUGGACACCACCGCUGCCUGCCGCCGAUGUCGACCGUAGACUGCUCCCGGAGUAUGAGCCGUACAUGCAAUUCGAGCCCGCGAGCAUUAACGACGGCUCAACCUGGGCUCCUACCUUGAACCUCGCCAAUCUCAUCCCUUCUAAUCCGGGCUCGGGUGCCGGCGGCCCGAAGAUCAUCAACAUCCCCGACGGCGUGCCCACGGAUGUGAUCAUGGCGGUUCUCCAGCUGGAUAGCUCGUCCAUCUCCUUCCAGGGCGCCAUCGAGUGUCUGGAGCCCUCAUCUGACACGAUCCCGAAGCUGUUCCUCAGCAGGCUGUCACUCAGUGCGAGCUACACCUUCGCCACCCAGGCAUUCGACCUGUCCUUCCAGUUCGCCGUCGCCAUGUUCCCCCAGAUCCAGUCUCUGAUCAUUCCGAUCGAGCUUCGUGGCCUGUUGGCAUACGACAGCCAGUCCGGCUUUGAUGCCGAGGCCGACGUGGAAUGUCCCGGCAUGCAGGGCGCCCAUUUCCUCGACUACUUUGACCCAAACUCGGCAUCUGCCGCGACCGCCCUGAUCCAGCACAUACAGCUGCUCUACCUGCACCUAGAAUAUCACUACCAGAACAGUUCCGGCCAGACCAACCCAGCCAAGAGCUUUGCAUUCGCCGGAGCCCUGGCCAUCGGCAAGCUAGAGCUCGACCUGCAGUUUAACUACACGGCCGAAAACACGUGGAGCUUCACUGCGCAGGUCGGCGCCAAUGGAGAGGAAUGCACUAUCCAGGAGAUUCUGGACAGCAUUGCCGGCGACGGGACGGUGGACUUGCCGUCUUGUGUGGGCGAUAUCCCUGUCGGACAACCAAAACCCCCUGGGAAUACAAUGCAUGGCGGCGACGACGACGACGAGGCGGCAGAUGCGAGGGAUUUUGUCAACCUCACCCUGGCGAGGUUGGACAACGACAGCGACUCUGACGACGCCGGCUCCCCACAAACCGUCCUGUUUACAGUCUCGGUCAAUGUCGGCCCCGUUUCCUUUACGUUCCUCCAGUUCCGCAGCACCACCUGGGACGCCAACACGACUGCGUCGAAGCGCUUCUUGAGGCUGGAGGUCAACUUGCUGCCCGCCGUGGAGGUGCCCAUCAUCGGGAAUCUCACGCAGCCCUUUGACGAGAUGUACUUUAUGUGGGUUCAGGACGGUUCCAAGACGACUCCCAAGGGCGGCCCGGCUGGCCUCACAAAGGCCGAGGUCGCGCUGUUGAACACGGUGCUGGCCGACGAUCCGAUCUACUACAAGCUGACGAAGGACGAGAGCGCCUACAAGGCCAACGACGUCAUAGUUCAGGCAGGCUUCCACCUUGUGCUCGUCCUGAAGGAUCCAAAGACGGGCGCGCCCUAUGUGGUCAUGGACUACGUGUUCGGACAGCCAAGCCCGGCGGACUCGUAUGUGCCUCCCCCGGUGGAGGCGCUGAGGGCUCAUGCUCUACACCAGCGCGUGCACGGCGCCAAUGCCGUGGUUCCAAGCAGACGGCGGACGCCCAGCAGGGAGGCGGUUGUGCUCGCCGGGCAACAAGAACAGCAAGUAGGUGCGGCGGACGGAGAGGAAGAUUCGAAUCCGGCAGAUGCGGGAGGGGGCACUACAAAGGCUGCCAUGAAGAAGUCGAUUGGACCCUUCUCCAUCUCCAACAUCGGGCUCAAGUUCAGCAACUCCACGCUCUCGGUGUGUCUCGACGCGGCGGUUGCUAUCGGGCCUAUCGCCAUGGCCCUGUUGGGGUUCAGUAUCGACCUCGACUUCGGGCACGGACACAGUCUACAGCACAACUUCCCGACUCCGGGGAACGGCAUCUCCGUGUCCCUGCAGGGUAUGGCCGCCUCGUUCAACAAACCCCCGGUGACGAUCGCCGGCGGACUCAUCAAACAGGCCCUGCCUGGGGGGACAUUCUAUGCUGGCGGAGUGGACGUUGCCUUUGUCCCCUGGGCCUUCCUCGCCGCGGGAGGCUACGGGGAGCUGACGGAUCCCCUCACGCAGCAACUGUUCAAGACGGCGUUUGUGUUUGCGAACCUCCAGGGACCGCUCAUCACGCUCGAGUUUGCAACCAUCUCGGGCGUCACCGGGGGCUUUGGCUACAACAGCGCCAUCACCUUGCCGACCGUCGCCGAGGUGCCUUCGUUCCCCUUCCUGCAGAUGCCGGCCGUCAAGCCCGUCACCACGAACCCCACCCUUGACACUUUCCUGGCCCUCAUCAACUCCAAAUGGUUCAAGCCCCUGGACGGGUCCUUUUGGGUCGCCGCCGGCCUCACCGUGUCGGCGUUUGAGAUGCUGAACAUCACGGCAGUCGCGGUGGUCGAGUGGGACACGGACGUCAAGCUCGGCAUCUUCGCCGUCGCCGUCGCCGAUGUCCCCUCGAGCGCCUCCGAGUUCAAGCUCGCCCACGUGGAGCUCGGCAUCCUCGCGACGGUGGACUUUGGCCUCGGCGUGGCCAAGUUCGAGGCCCAGCUGGCGCCGUCGUCGUUCAUCCUGGAUCCUUCGUGUCAUUUAUCCGGAGGCUUUGCCCUGUACUACUGGUUCAAAGACGGCCCGCAGCAGACCAAGGGGGACUGGGUCUUCACCAUCGGCGGAUACCACCAGCUGUACAAGCCGCCGCCGCAGUACCCCGUCCCGCCCCGCCUCCAGAUAUCCUGGUCGCUCGGGCCGAUCUCCAUCGUCGGCCAGGCAUACUUCGCCAUCACGCCCAACGUGGCAAUGGCCGGUGGCCUUCUACACGCCUCGCUGAGCCUCGGCGUGCUGCAGGCCUUCCUGGACGCGUACGCCGACUUCCUCAUCAACUACCGGCCCUUCACCUUCACAGCCGGCGGCGGGGUCAGCGUCGGCGUGAGGUUCACCCUCGACCUCUGGUUCGUCACGAUCCGCAUCAGCGUCGAGAUCGGCGCCACCCUCAUCCUCGAGGGCCCGCCCGUCUCCGGCACGUGCCACGUCAACUUCUGGGUGUUCGGCUUCGACAUCAAGUUCGGCUCCCAGAACACCACGGCGCCCGCCCCGAUCUCCCUCGCCGACUUCUACGACUUGGUCUUGCAGCAGGACGCCUCGAGCGGCGCCACGGGCCAGGUGAUCACCGCCCAGAGCGGGCUUCUCCCGUCGGCGGCGGCGCCUGUGUCGUCGUUGUCGUCUUCGUGGUCGACAUUGUCGAAAGAGAAGAGGCAACCCAUCGGGCGUUUUACUGAAAUUGAGGAUGACGACGACGAUGACGAUGACGGCGCUCCAAUAUGGGAAGUCCAGGCGGGAACGUUCAGCUUCACCAUCGACGCCGUGUUUGCCCUGAGCACCGUGACUGUGUACCCCGCGAGCGAGACGCCCAUUGUGUACAACGCCCCCAAGCCGGACACCGUUGACAUAUUUUCGCGGCCCAUGUACAUCACCGACAAGGAGACUGCCAUCACGUCGAACCUCAACGUGACGAUCGUGAUUGAUGAGAUGGAGGAUUACGAGCCGCAGUGGGAGCUCCAGGCAACAAUCAGCAACGUCCCCAGGGCCCUCUGGGACGCAUACUCCCCCUCCACCGACCCAACAAAAGGCUCAACAACCCUCCUAAACGGCACAUCCCCCCCAACAGUCCCCCUAAUGACCGGCGUCCUCCUCCAACCUCCCCCCCCAAUCCUAAGCAAAGACCUCAUCCCCUCCUUCGACGCCGUCCUCUCCCAGCUCCAGGACGUAACCCCGGACCCCCCUCCCGCCUUCCCCGACCCGGCCGCCCAAGAGGACCCGGCUUGGCUGCCCGUGGCUCCCGCCCCGCCCCCGCCCGACGACCCCGCUAAGCCCUGGGAGGCCGUCCAGGAGCUCUGGACGGCGCCGGGCCUGGGGUCCGGGGCGGGCGUCGAGGCUGUGCAGGCUUGGGCCGCGGUUAUGGGAUGGGGUGGUGGGGGGACGGCGGAGGAGAUGACUGGGCAGGUGCCGGUUAGGUUGGUGCAGGGCCUGCAGGAGAUGUAUGUUGCGGCGCCGUUGGUUGCGGCUGCUGUUGCGGCUGCGGCUGCGGCUGCGACGACGGAGUGUUGGGUGCGGUGGACUGCGCCGUGAUUGGGUUUUAAUGGUUCUGGUAUUAAUUUAUUAUUGUAAGAUGGAAUGACACGAAUGACUAGGACUGAAUUCCGCCUUCUCCUUCAGCACCCUUUCUGGUCUUUUCUGGCCCUGUGUGCCCUCCCGUUCACUUCCCCAUGCCAUCCCCCGGUUAACAGCAGCAGCAGAGGCAGUCCUCAAUGCCGUGGCAGCAGCCCUCCAUGCAUUCGCAGCAGAUGAAGCAGGCGCAGAGAUCCACUGAUGGGUUGGGCGUCGGUUAGUACAGGUGCAGCUAGGUGAUCAACUUCUCGAUUCGAGGGAUUGAUGGAUUCGCUUACGCAACAUGCCACCACCCCUCAGGUUCAAAUUCUGCUGCUCGGAAGCUCCCUAGUAUGCAUGAGCGGACGUGUUCAAUAGAUGUAGGCGGCAGGGACGACGAACUUGCUGCUGCUGCUGCUGCUGCUGCGGGGCGGCAGUGACGUUUGGCGUU